AUGGGCAAGAAAAAUAAGAAGUCUGCGGAGCACAAGGAGCGGGUUGCGGCGAAACAAUCCAAAAAGGCCGCACAAAAAGAUAAGAAGCACAAGACCAAAGGUCGUGAUGCAGAUAGCGAUGCAGAAGAUGCCGAUCUGGAUGCUAUCCUAGCACAGUAUGCAGAAGAGCAAGCGAAGUUUCUCAAGGUCACAGAGGUAGUCUCAGGACCGCCCUCUCCUCGAACCUCCGCUACAGUUCUUGCAUCUCCUUCGAACCGCAACGAGCUCCUGAUCUUUGGUGGAGAGUACUUUGAUGGCACAUUAGCCACUUUCUUCAACAAUUUGUUUGUCUAUAACAUUGAUCGAGAUGAGUGGAAAGAAGUCACUAGUCCCAACAGCCCUCUACCUCGAAGCGGACAUGCUUGGUGUCGUGGAGGGAAUGCGGGAGGUGUCUAUCUGUUUGGAGGCGAAUUCUCUUCGCCAAAACAAGGUACAUUCUAUCAUUAUAAUGAUUUUUGGCAUCUUGAUCCUGCUACAAGAGAAUGGAGUCGACUUGAAACCAAAGGCAAAGGCCCUCCUGCCAGAAGCGGCCAUAGAAUGACAUAUUUCAAGAACUAUAUCAUUCUGUUUGGCGGGUUCCAGGACACUUCGCAGCAGACAAAGUAUCUCCAAGAUUUAUGGAUAUAUGACUGCUCGAAGUUUACUUGGUUCAAUCCUACAUUGCCUCCAGCAGCACAGAAGCCCGAUUCUCGAUCCUCGUUCUCGCUACUACCCCAUGAAUCCGGUGCGGUUUUGUAUGGUGGCUACUCCCGUGUCAAGGCAACCGCGGGCGUGGGAGGCAAACCACAGAAGGGUGGUCCUCAACGGAUGACCAUGAAGCCCAUGGUCCACCAAGACACCUGGUUCCUCCGUAUCACGCCACCUGAGGCUGAAGCCCCUGCAAAUGCAGCACCUACAGUACGCUGGGAACGUCGCAAGAAACCUGCCAACUCUCCCAACCCGGCUCGCGCCGGCACUACGAUGGCGUAUCACAAAGGCCGAGGCAUCAUGUUCGGUGGAGUUCAUGACGUCGAACUUAGCGAGGAAGGGAUUGACAGCGAGUUUUUCGACACACUACUGGCCUGGAACACUGACCGGAAUCGUUUCUUCCCAUUAUCACUGCGCCGCCCAAGAGCAGCCGGUAAGAAACAGCAAGCUAAUCAAAUGAAAUCACGCAACCGAGCCAAAGCGGACGAAGAAGAGCUUCUACAGAAUCUAAAGGCUCUUGAAGCAAAAGGAACCCUGCGUCUAGACGAGGGUGAGGACGAGUUCCGGUCAAGCAUCCCUAAUGUUGAGGAUGAACCCACAGAGCCCGAGAAGCCAUCUAUUGUGCGUUUUGAAAUGCCCCAUAAACGCUUCAACGCACAGCUAGCCGUGCAGGACGACACCCUAUUUAUCUUUGGCGGAACAUUUGAGAAAGGAGACCGAGAGUUCACAUUCAAUGACAUGUACUCCAUUGACUUGGUGAAGCUCGACGGCGUGAAGGAGGUAUUUUACAACGAGCCUGACAACUGGCAUCUACUCAAUGAAGCGGACAGUGAUGAUGAAUUGGACGAAGACGAAGAAGAUGAGGAUGAGGAAGAAGAUGAAGAAGAAGAAAAUGCUAUGUCUGUGGAGGGUGCUUCUCCGGCUCCUACUGAAAUCACCGUCCCUUCGGUCUCCCAGGGCAUGGAACAACUUGAAAUGGAGGAACAGGAAGCAGAGCCUUCGGUACAAGAUAGCCGUCCUCUCCCGCGUCCUUUCGAGAGUCUGCGUGAGUUCUUCAGCCGUACGUCAGAGGAGUGGCAGAAGGUGUUGCUAGAGACUCUGAAAGAGAAGGGUGUCGCGGUAGAGAAGAACAUCAAGGAGCUGCGCAAGGAUGCGUUCGAUAUGGCAGAGGAGAAGUGGUGGGACAGCAGAGAGGAGAUCAUGGCCUUAGAGGAUGAACAGGAGGCGGCUGGCAUUGGUGAGGUUGUCAGUAUCGCCGAUCGGACGGAGAAUCUAAGCGGUGCAGGAAGACGCCGAUGA